AUGACACUGGCCUCAAUAUCCCAAAAUUUAGCUGACCAGAACACAAGAAUUACUUCUGACGACGGCAUGGACGGCCACACUGUUAAUGAAAAAGAGAAAGAGUGUCUUAACCUAACAGCAAACGUAGUAAAUUCGUCUGAACUGAGUGAGGCGGAUGCUUUUGCACAAAUCUUAGAGAGAAUAUUAACUAUUGAGGAGAAGCUCAACACAAAAAUUGAUGACGUGGCACUGCAGGUAUGCAACUUAAAGGAGGCUGAUGACCUUCAUGAAAAGAUAUCACACGACUAUAUUACUAAUAUAAAACAUGAGAAUGAAAAUCUCAAGAAAGAAAAUACUGCCCUUAAAGGAAAAAUUGAGUAUACCACUAUGGUAAUGUCAGAUCUCAAUACUAAACUUAAAUUGUUAGAUGAGGAAAAGCAAAGUCUAGUAACUGCACUUAAAAUCUUACAAGGAAAAGAAAUUGUGAUGAACGACUGGCGUAACAAUGAAAUUGGUGCCUUCAUCAAUGCUGAUGAUAAAUUAAAACAAAACUCUGGCAUGGCAAAACCAAAAGGUUCAAAACGACAGUUUGGAAACAUACUUGAAUGCAAGAAUGCGUUUGAAAUACUUACAGUAGAGGAUGAUAGUGAACAUACUGAUAAUGACAAACAAGAAACUGUCGGGGAAGGUUUGAGUACCGGUACUCAAGUAGCUGAGGAGGAUGUCACUGUUGAAUGUAAUGUGAUCAAUGAACAAGAGCCUAACCGGAAAGACUCGGGUACACAGAUGAUAGAAGGUAAGCCAGAGUUACCACCAAAUAACCAUAAUGAUCCCCAAAACAACAUGAACUUAGAUCGAGAAAGCCAAAUUGUUAUUAUUGGGGACUCAAUAAUCAAACAUAUAAUACCGAAAAAAAUAUCGAGUAGGAAUGUUACGAAAAUAACCUUUCCGGGCAAAACAGCUGAUGAAAUAUCUAACCAAUUAGACCAAAUCAAGUUAAAAUCAACACCGUCCCACAUUAUAAUUCACGCUGGAACAAACAAUCUGCCUGUUGACACAGCAGAAACCUGUGCUGAAAAAGUUGGGCAAUUAGCUUCUAAAUUAAAAACUAAAUUUCCAACAUCAAGAAUUGGAAUAUCAAGCAUUGUUACCCGGGAAGACUGUGACCUAACAGACAAAAUAAGGAAAACAAAUUCACUAAUUGCCCAAACGUGUUUAAAUCAAGAUUAUGGUUUUAUAAACAAUGAGAACAUUGAUAGGACUGCCUUAAACGGUAGCAAGAUCCACCUAAACGCUAAAGGGUCUGCCUAUUUAGCUGUCAAUUUCAUUAAAUUUAUUCGAGAAGGCAAUAAAACGACCACCCAAACAAGAACAAGGCAAGGAAACAGUAGGUUUGGUCAGGAUUUUCAGACAAGCCAACUAUUACAACUGGGGAACUUUUUAACAUCUCUAGCCCUAUCAGCCCCCCAACACCCGAGUCGCAGCAUGAUGAAGAUGUAA